UCUUUGUGGUUUUCAAUUGUAUGGGGAUGUAAUCAAAGCUGGAAUAUGCACUCUCUUGGAUAAGUUUGUAUUUUUUCCAAACCAAGUACCCCUCUCAAAGAUCAGGUCUUGAUUCGAUUCUUUUGCAAAGUUUUCUUGGUGUGAAUGCAUGGCAGAAGCUUGCUGGUGGGAGCACUAUAUGUCUAACCUUUUCAAGAUGUCCAGGGAUUUCCUUUGGAAAGGCAGAUUAAACUCCAAUGAAGAUUAAGGAAUAAGCAUAAGGAAUCAUAUUUUCAGCCAACCUACAACUGAUGGAUCUUUUCUGUUCUUACCAGUGAAAGCAACUUUAUAAUUUGAUUUUGGCUAUCUCUAUUAGUGCGGGAUUCGGAACGACCUGGUUUUCGGGCGCAGUACUGAUAAAGAUUGCCACUGAGGGAUGAAGUUUAUUGUGAAAGCAUGCAACAAUGGCACACGAGCCAGAACGGGAACACUUUACCUGGGCCGUCAGGCCACUUCGUUGGAUACUCCUUGCUUAUUGCUCGCUACCAGGAAGGGCCUCCCCCAUUUCAUCACCCCUGAUCUUCUUUGCUCUCUUCAUCCUCAAGCACGGAUUCUGCAGUUCUCCCCUCUUCAUAUCUGGGAGUGUCCUUCCCCUAGCACUGUGGUAGCUCUUGGAGGAGUACAUCAAAUGCUGAGCAUGCCUGAAUAUGGAUUUAUAGCCAUUCUGAGGGAUUCAGUUUCAUGCAUAUCAGAUGCUGAAGGCAGCAACAAAUUUGGAGCUUCAUUUGAGACCCCAUUUGGAAACCGGAUGGUCAAACCUGUACAGUAUAUGGAAAGUAUAUCUGCAUUAAGGCCAAACCUUUGGUCUAGCUUGCCUGAUGAAGUUCCUGCAUGGGUCUCAGACAAGAGGAACAAACUUUCAGUUGACAGAACAACACGGUGGCUAGAUGAAUGCCUUACUCUGCGACCUAUGGAUGUGGAGACUGCUCUUGGAUCAAUUGUGGGAGGUACUAGUCUGGAAGAGCGUAUACGUUCAGCUCAGGAUAUUGCAAGCCGUAAUGUUUCAGGAUUUUGGUUGGGAGGGUUCGGACUAGGAGAAAGUGUGGAACAACGUCCUUCUCUAUUAGAUGCAGUAAUGGGAAUCUUGCCAGAGGGUAAACCACGUGGUAUUAGUGGACUUGGCCUACCAGAAGAGGUACUACAGGGUGUGGCAGCUGGUGUAGAUAUUUUUGAUAGCACAUAUCCUUAUCUUCUUACAAUAGGAGGUUAUGCUAUGACAUUUCCUCUUAACAUGGACAACAAUGUCAUAAAAGCAUCGCACAUGGAAUUGAGUGACAUGGGAGCUGAUUUAUCCAAAAUUAAUUUACGUGCAACAAUGUACAGAAAUGACACCUCGCCACUCAUGGAAAGCUGCACCUGUUAUACUUGUCAGAGGCAUACAAAAGCUUACAUCCAUCAUUUGUUAAGUACACAUGAAAUGCUGGCACAGACAUUAUUGGAAAUACAUAACACUCAUCACUAUCUGGAAUUUUUCCAAGCUAUAAGAGAUGCAAUCAAUGGGAACUACUUCACAGCAUUUCAUUCGUGGUUCGUCAAACAUAGAAGAGAGCACAUCAUACCCACCUGCACGAGCUUGUGAAGUACAUGAAUGGAUUUAAUCUUGAUGUAAUCGCAAUUUGCCAUUUGAGGGACUUAUAACUGUUCAGAUGUAUUCACCCGACUGAAAGCAGAGAUAAUAACUCCAUGAUAACUCUUUGUUCUAAAGAGCUAUUGCAGGCUUCUUUUAUUCAGUGACAAGUAUAAUUGAACUUUGAGCGAUGUAAAGAUCAUUUUUAUAAGUUUGUCUUCACUUCCAUGUAUAAUGCUUUUUCAGGUAAGCCCUGGGGAUCCAUAUGUGCUAAAGCAAACGGCAGGGGUAUAAGUCUGUCUUAUGAAAGUAGCUAUCAGGCUGCAGUGCUUCUCUCUACAAUCAUACGUUGGAGAACCCAAUUUUGCCGUUCGGUAGCAGUUUUGUAAACAUUGACAACAUUUUGAAUUUAAUUUGCCAAUUGUUGAA